AUGAACAGCACUUUAACUCAAAUCGCUUCUGAACAAUUGAAAAAGAGCUUCACGACUACUGUCAUCGAAAAGACAGGUUUGUCCCCUCUUGCAUUAACAAUUACUGUUAUACUUGGUUUGUUACUUUGGGAACAAGUUGAUUAUUUAAGAAAAAAGAAACAUUUACCUGGACCUGCCUUCAAGAUUCCUAUUAUUGGUGCUAUGAUGGACUCUAUGAAGCCUACAUUUGAUAAGUAUAACGCAAAAUGGAAGAGCGGUGAUUUAUCUUGUGUUAGUGUUUUUAAUAGAUUUAUUGUUAUCGCUUCUAACUGUGAAUUCAGUCGUAAAAUUCUCAAUGCUCCUGCAUUUGUUAAACCUGCUGUUGUUGAUUCUAUGAAAUAUAUUCUUUGUGAUGAUAACUGGGUUUUCAUGGAUGGUAAAGAACAUAAUAAUUAUCGUAGAGGACUCAACAUUCUUUUCCAAAGAAAGGCACUUGGAAGUUAUCUUCCUAUCAUGGAUAAAUGUUAUCAAAAGUUUUUUGAUGAAUGGCUUUCUCAUGAAGGAAAAGUUAGAAGAUAUCAAUGGGAUUUCAGAGAAUUAAACAUGCAAUCCUCUCUUCGUGUCUUUAUGGGCUGGUUUAUGCCUGAAGAGGUUGCAAAGAAAUGUUCUGAUGAAUACUUUAAUAUUACUGCUGCUCUUGAACUCGUUAAUUUCCCUAUUCCCCUUCCUGGUACAAAAGUGUAUAAGGCCAUGAAAUCUCGUGAAUAUAUUUACAAUGCCUUUAUCGAGUCUAUUAAAGAUGCUCGUAUUCGUAUUGAUAAUGGAGGUGAACCCACUUGUCUUUUGGAUAAUUGGUUGAUCGCUAUGAAAGAAAAUGAAAAGGAAUGUGAAUUGAAGGGUAAACCUGCUCCUCAUAAGUUCUCUAAUCGUGAAAUUGCUUUAACUAUCUUGACUUUCUUAUUUGCUUCUCAAGAUGCUACUUCUUCUGGUCUUACUUGGACCUUCCAACUUUUAGCUGAUCACCCCGAGGUUAUGAAGAAGGUGUAUGAUGAACAGGAUCGUAUUCGUGCGGAUAAUCCUGAUCAGCCUCUUACCUUUGAAUUAAUGGAGAAAUCGGUUUAUUUGCGUCAAGUUGUUAAGGAAUCUCUUCGUCUUAAACCUCCAGUCUUAAUGGUUCCUUAUCAAACACAUAGAGAUUAUCCUAUUUCUGAAGACUACACUAUCCCUGCUAAUUCUAUGGUUAUUCCCACGACUUACCCUGCUCUUCAUGACCCUGUCGCUUAUCCUAACCCUGAUUCAUUUGAUCCUGAUCGUUGGGGACCUGAAGGAUGUGCAGAAAAUUAUCCAAAGAAUUUCAUGGUCUUUGGUAAUGGACCUCAUCACUGUCUUGGUAAAGAAUAUGCUAUUCUUCACUUGAUGUCUACUAUUGCACAAGCUACACAAAGACUUGAGUUUAAACAUUAUCCUACACCCGAUUCUGACACCAUCUGGCUCUUUGCUACUACUUAUCCUAAGGAUGAAUGUCAUAUGAGUUUCCAUCCUAGAACAAAGAGACCUUUUACUAUUUAA